UGUCACGCCCGAACCGUCGCCCGCAAUUUCAUCGUCGGUGGCUCCUGCCGGAACUGCAAGUCCGCGCGAUUACAGUGUACUCAUGGAUGAUCCACGUGGCUACAUCACGGCGUCCUCAUCGUUUCCGCUCCGACCGGGCAAAACGUCCACCACUUGGAACAGCACCUUUGCGCAACACAGAGGCUACAUCUACGGAUUAGUAUCAUUCUCGGUGAUUUGUGCCCUGGUGCUUGGUCUGUUCGGAGUGUUUCGCUGCCUGCGCGCGACAACUGCCACGCGAGCAACCGCCGAAACGCUGACGCUGCCGAUCCAGUUCAUCGCCGACGAUCUUGCUCCUCUAAACGCCAACUUGAACCACCUGCCGGUACCCAUGCUAUCGGUACAGUCACCGGGCUGCGCGGGGAUGGAGCGGCUCGGCGUUCCUGCCCGCGGUUCCAUCGGAUCACCACCAUUAAGGAAUGAACGGGCGGGCUUCCAUCACCAACAGCAGUCACAGCAGCAACAGCCACAGCAGCAACAGCAGCAGCAGCAUCAUCAGCAACAUCAGCAGCAUCAGCAGCAGCAACAACCAUCCCAACAAAAUCACCACCGCCAUCAUCAUCAUCACCAUCAUCACCACCAUCCCCACCAUCAGCAGUAUCAUCAGCAGACGUCACCGACGGGUCAGCACCUAAGGUUCGGCAGCGAUCUGAUACUGAGCAGCAGCACCAGUAGCAACUUUCGGAGCAACCACAAUCAAUCCUAUCUGUUCAUUCCGAAUCAAACGAGCGCACUUGUUGGCGGUGGUGGUAGCAGCGGCAGUAGUAGCAUUAACUACAAAACUCACUACAGCAAUAGUUCGUAUGGCGGCAGCAGCAUCGGUAGUAGCACCGGCAGCUCCACCAAUCCCAUCACCAACAACUCCCCGCACUGCACCUACCAUGUGCCACUGCCGGACGGGGAAUAUGGACCGGAUCGGGACCUGCAAAUACGAACACCGUGUCAGCAAUCGGAAAUACCUCGAACGUACGUAAAAGCCCCACCGAAUAAGACCGUUCGCGACGUUCCCGUACAGUAUCAAUCCACGGGUGGAAUCACAGCGCACGGUACCACCAUGACCGCGGGCAUCGGCCCCAACCACGUCAGCUCGAUGGUCGAUCUGGCCAACUAUUACGGUGGCGCGAAGACAAUCGGUAGGCCGGCCGACGGUGCCCGGCUGGCAGCAACCGCUCCCGGGCCCAGCUUAGGAGCUGGUGGAACCACCGGCACCACCUGUCAGCCAAAAUCGGUCGACAAACUGCAGAAGAUACUCCGGUUUUUGCCAGGUAAAGCAACUAAAUCUUCUACUCCAUCAUCAUCUACGUCCUCCUCGGCGUCGUCGUCCUCUUCUUCUUCUUCCUCCGCCUCCUCAUCCAGUAGCAGUGGUAUUAAGAGUACUAGUAAUAAUAUCAACAAUAAUCAUCAAGGGGCGAGCACUAGUUUUGGCGGUGGUUUGCAACCGCCUGUCCACUCGAGCGGUGUACUGCCGGGUAGCCACAGUAGCAGCACCAGCAGUCUCAAUAACAACAGUGGCAGCAGCAGCAGCAGCAGCACCAGCAGCAGCAACAGUGGUGUUGGCGGUAUCGCCAGUGGUAGCGUUAUAAGUAGCAUAAGCGGAUCCUAUGGACCUAAUAGCGUUAGUAACAGCAUUGGUUGUAGCAAUCACGUUAACAACAACCGCGUCGGGUGUGGUAGUGCUGGCGGCAACAUUCGCGUUGAUGGUCGCGGUGGCUUAAGUUUAGCAACGGCCGGUGCCGGCAUCCACAACCACAACCAACACUAUCGAUCUCCGCCGGUGGCCGUCAGUUCCUUAGGAUCUCCGUCAGCGGCAACACUCUCAUCACCGACGUCCUCCUCUUCCUCUUCCUCCUCCUUUGGUUCGUCACCACUGACGUCGACCGUUGCGCGACAAUCCGGUGUCGAUGCGGUCGUGUCCGGCUCUACUACCGCUGGUCCGGGUGUAUCUGGAUCGAGCUCCGAUCCCGGACAUGCACCCUUCACGAUGUGACCGACUUUAAGUGGCGGUGGUGGUGGUGGUG